GGCAAUGAGAGGGGUGGAGGAGUGAGGAGGUGGGUGGGACACAUCGGUGGUGGCCGUUAGGAUGGGGGUGGUAAAGGCUGGGGUGGCGGAUCGACCAGCGGUGGAAGUGGAGAUAGAAGCGGUGGAGGUGGGAGUGGCGGAUGGACCGGCGGUGGAAGUGGAGGUAGAAGAGGUGGAGGUGGGAGUGGGAGUGAGGAGAGGAGGACGUGGGGGUAGACUAGAACCGGACGUGGAAGUGGGAAUCAUGGUAGUGACCACUUGGAUGGAAGGGGCACAAUGUUUGUCCCAUGUUAUCUAUCUGGCUGGAGAGGCCGGAGAUGGAGGUGGCGAAGGAGGAUUGGAGGGCACAAAUGGUGUUUUGCAUGGAUUGCAUCAUGUCGUGAAGGCUGUCUACGGAUGCAGUGUCAAUGGCGGUCAUGUUGAUGGUGGAGGAACCGUCCUCCAUGUGGAAGGAGAGGCCGGGGGCAAGGAAGUAGAUGUAGCAGUGGAGGCAGCGGCUGCAGCGGCGUUCUCGGCAGCCCAGGCGGCGGCACGCAGAGAAGUCUUGGUGCGGCGGGGCAUGAAAGAGAAGAAGAUGUGUGAAUUUUGUCGGUUUUUUUGGUAUUAAAUUGAAUUUUUAAUGCAUUUUUAAAUUUAAAAAUUAUGGGGGACUUAAUUGAAUCAGAUUUUGAAAUUUCCAAAAUAAAUUAAUUAAAAAAAAUAAAAUCUUUAUUUAAUU